GCCGGGAACCGGGCGCGCCGAGGUCAGCGCGGGCGGGAGCAGGCCCUGGGCCGGGCGCGGGCGGAGCAGCCCCAGUCACUGGCCAUCGCAUCACUUCCGGGAACGCCUGGGGACCGCGGCCGCCGCUUGCUAGCAACGCUGCCAGCCGGCCGGCCCGGGACCGGGAAGCAGCUGAGCGCGCGGCCCAGGCCAAAGCCCCAGUGUCUGCGCGGCGUGGACCUCUGUCAGCGGCCAUGGGGGCGUCCGUGCGGCUCUUGCGCGCAGUGAUCAUGGGGGCUCCGGGCUCGGGCAAGGGCACUGUUUCUUCGCGCAUCACCAAACACUUCCAGCUGAAGCACCUCUCCAGUGGGGACCUGCUCAGAGACAACAUGCUGCGGGGCACAGAAAUUGGUGUGUUAGCCAAGGCUUUCAUUGACCAAGGAAAACUCAUCCCAGAUGAUGUCAUGACUCGGCUGGCUCUUCAUGAACUGAAAAAUCUCACCCAGUGUAGCUGGCUGUUGGAUGGUUUUCCAAGGACACUUCCACAGGCAGAAGCCCUAGAUAGAGCUUAUCGGAUAGACACGGUGAUUAACCUGGACGUGCCCUUUGACGUCAUCAAACAGCGUCUCACUGCUCGCUGGAUUCAUCCAGCUAGUGGCCGAGUCUACAACAUUGAAUUCAACCCUCCUAAAACUGUGGGUAUUGAUGAUGUGACGGGGGAACCUCUCAUUCAGCGUGAGGAUGAUCGACCAGAGACGGUCAUCAAGAGAUUGAAGGCUUAUGAAGCCCAAACGAAGCCAGUCCUGGAAUAUUACCAGAAAAAAGGGGUGUUGGAAACAUUCUCCGGAACAGAAACUGACAAGAUUUGGCCCCAUGUAUAUGCUUUCCUACAAACUAAAGUUCCACAAACAAACCAUAAAGCCUCAGUUACUCCAUGAGGAAAAAUGCAUGUAACUAGUAAGAUGGGCAAAAUCUCUUCGUCCUUGCAUUUAGAAGUUCCUUUCUUACAACUCCAGCUUGUCUGAAUUCUUUGAAAAUUAUAUUACUUUGAUUUCUACUGAUUUUAUUCUGGAUACUAAUAAUGUGCCAAGUGAAAUAGAUACUAAAUUUUUAAAAAUCAUCUAGUGUUUUUUAUCCAAUUACCCUCUAUGAGUGUGCAAUUCAAAAAUAUCACAGGUGUCUAAACUUUUAUAACAAUCUGUUAGAACAAAAUUAAAAGAGCAAUUGGUAGUAACAUAACCUUUUGUUCAGUAAGAAUAAAUGGUUGAUAAAAUUUUCAUAUUUUUCUGGAGAAGUUAAAAUUAUUUGUCAUUUGGGAAAAUACUUCUUCAAAAGUUUUUGCAUAGAUUGGUGCAAAAAUAGACAUUUCUAGCAUGGUGGAACAUGGUUUCAUGAGAUACCAUACCUAUAAAAUUCAGAAGAAAAAGCAACUGGCUUUACAGCUCUGUCUCAGAUACAAAUUCACAGCUGCCUUUACACUAAGAAAUGUAUAAGCUAGCCAUGCUGUAUUUUGUUGUUAAACAUACCUUCAGUUAACUCAGAAUUUCAAUUUGCUAUAAAAAAUGUAUAAAUUAACCUACAGGAAACUAUUUAAGAUGACUUGUUUCCUUUUAGAAAUACUUAUGUAUUGAGGGAUGUGAUGUUAUGUCAGAAAUUGACAUUACAAAUUGCUGGGUAAGCACCAAAGUUGAAUGAAUCUUCAAUAGAAAAUGUAAUGAGGGGCGCCGCCUGUGGCUCAGAGGAGUAGGCGCCAGCCCCAUAUGCCAGAGGUGGCGGGUUCAAAUCCAGCCCUGGCCAAAAAAAAAAAAAAAAAAAAAAGAAAAUGUAAUGAAAGUCUUGUUUUUAGAUGUUACUUACGUUAAGAAAUGUGUUUCAUGAUCUACCUGUCAGUUUCUCUUUUUGAUACAAGAUAUGUUCGCCUUGAUAAAAACAAGUUAUAAUACCAAAAAAGAAGAAAGGAAGGGAAGGAAAGAAAGAAGAGAAAACCCACGGCAGUAUGUAAACUAAGCUUAUUUUUCAUUAGGAAAUAGAAAGAUGUCAAGCAUGCUUGGUGAAAAUAGUCCUUUGGCAUAAAUAGCAAUCAUAAUUAGUAAACAAGUGUAGUAGUAGAAAAAAAUUUACAUGAUAGGUUAACAAGGACCAGGAGAGUAAAUGAGUUUCCUGAAGGAAUUUUUUAUUCCCAGAGAAAUUGGUAUCUGCUAGCUUUUACUGUCACCCUGUCUAAUGGAAAGAACUCUGCUGGCAAGUGUUACCUGACCAGCCAUUUAGCAAUCUGAAUCAUGUUUUAUUCCUUAGUGGGGCAACAAGGAUGCAUGCUUGACCUAGAGAAGUGGGGCACUAUGAGAGAUGGAAGAAACACCUGUCUUCCACGGCAUAUUUACUCGUUUGGUGCUAAAUCAAAUGAAACAAGCCCUUGUACAUGCUGUUAUUAACUGCCUUUGAAAUAUUGGCCCAUUUUAUUCCAGGCACACACAAAUGCCAGCAAGUAAUUCUUAAUUAUCCUGGGGGUGGGGGGAAGCUUAUUUUCCUUUUCUUUUGAUUUUCCAAAAUUCAUUGUUCAUCUUUCAAAAUGGACCAAGGGUUUUUAAAAAGGAUUACAGUAAACAUUUUGUUGUUCUAUAAUGCCUUAUUUGAAUGUUAAUAUGUGUUUCUAAAAUUAUUGUGAAUAGUUAACUUACGAAUUAUCACUAGACUACCAGGCUUAUGUUAGUCUUUAUUACAAUAAAAUGAAAUUUCAUAACUGAGGCUAUUACUUUCUCUUUGGUCCCUCACCGGGCCUAUUCAUCCCACCUUUCUUUCUGCUCUCUUAACGUUUCAUUGGCUUCUGAAUGAGGGACUAUGUUCUAAUAAAUGGUCUUAAAACGUUA